AUGAAAGACGACUAUUCCGACGCCCUUGAAAUCCAGCGUCGCAAUUUCGAACGCCAGUUUGGCUCUCUUGCGUCCCUAGGCUUUGAAGACAAAACUCAAGCUGGAGAAAGCGAGGAAAGUGAAGAUUUCGGUGGCUUUUCUGGUCAAGACAGUGAAAGCGACAGCAGUGAAAGCGAACUUGGUGAAGGCAGUGAAUCUGGCAGUAAAAGCGAUGAAGACGAAGCUAUUGAUCAGAUUUUCACGGUCAAAAAAAGCCAACUGGUGACUCCUAGAAAGGUCACAGAACCAAAGGUGGUACGUCUAGGCGGUGAGCCCAGCCAGCUGCACACAUUUAACAAAAGAGAUAAAAACUUGGCUCGUUCGGGGCGAGCGCCAACGAUUUUAGAAUUACAGGCCAAACAAGAACGAAUCGAUAAACUUACCCGCAAACAGAGACAGCAGGCAGCUGCUGAAGAUGCUGAAAACGUCGACAACGACCUCAAGCUUCAGCGUCUCUUGAGCGAAUCGCAUAUUUUGGCCCAUCAUGCUGAGAACUCGGGUGCAGACCUCACUCUUCAAACAUUAGACUAUGAAGCACCAAUCGGAAAUGCUCGUAGACGAAUCUUGGACCACCGAAUCCGUACAGUCCUGGCCACAAACUCAGGCACUGGUGGCCUCCCGAAGACAUUGGAAAAGAUGCCCAUGAGUAUCCGUAAAGGAAUGAUCCAAGCUAGAGAUCGGCGUGUGGCAGAUUAUGAGAAAGAAGCCAAGGAAGCAGGCAUUGUUUUGUCCAAAGUCAAGAAAGGUGAAACCAGAGUCUUGGACCAAGGUCGUGGUGCUACUCUUGCGAGCGAUAGACUUGGUUCUGGUAAAAAGAGAACAAACAAGAUGCGUGAUAGAGGACUUCGGAUCAAUAGUGUCGGAAAGAACACCAGAAACGGAAUCCGCAUAUCUCAAGAUGAGAUUGAUAGGAUUAACAAUCAGGGAAAGAAGAGACGGAAGAAGUAG